GUAAAUUUGAAUGUGUGGAAACAAUGGGUAUAAAUAUAUCAUUGGAUUUAUUCAAACAAGUAAAUGUGACAGCACCUAGUGAUGCAGAUUUACGAAAGGUGUUGCGAGAAGAUCAUGUAGGAGCGAGACCCACUAUGACAAACGUUAGCGUAUUUAAUGUUGGGGAUGUAGUUAAGAUAAUUGAUGAUGUCACCAGAAUUAUGGGUUUGCAGAAAGGUCAUGGUGGGUGGAUUUCUACUAUGAUGUGGAUGUUAGGUAAAGUUGGUAUAGUAAGAUCUGUGCUCGCAAAUGGUGAUAUACUCGCAUCGGUGUUUGGUAAAACAUUUGUAUUGAAUCCUGAGUGCUGUGAAAAGGCACCCCCAAACACGAUAGUUCAGGGACCAAGUGAUAACGCUGAAAUGCGGGAGAUGAUGGAAAAGUUUUCUAAAAUGACUUCUGACUUCGAAAACCUCUUACAGAACAGGCAGGAAUACAGAGGUUUUCAAAGACAACACCAACAAUUUUCCGCCGGUGAUGUAAUUCAGAUAAUUGAAGAUAUUCAAAAAGUUAAAGUGUGUCAGAAAGGACAUGGUGGAUGGGUUGAUGAUAUGACAUCAAUAUUAGGUAAUAUUGCUGAAGUACAACUAGCGUUACCAACUGGUACUUUAGUAGUUUUGGUAUCUGGUAAAUUGUGUUUACUCAACUCUGAAUGCUGCAAAAAGGUGUCAAAUCCUAUAGAUGACAUUGAAGAUAACUUUAAAUCAAUGGAUUACAUGACACAACAGUGCUUUCGAACAGCCUUCAACUCCACAGCUGCUGAAGACAAAACGAUGCAUUUUCAAGAAUUCAAGAAAAAGCUUCUUGAAGAAGAUUUCUUUGAGAACACUGACAUACAUGAUGCUAUCUGUGAAGGCGAUGAGAAAAUCAUUGAUAGGCUGAUCAAUAAUCCCGACAUUGAUUUCACGACCCGUGACCACUUUGGCUAUAAUGCAUUACACCAAGCCGCAAUCAAGGGAAAUAAUUAUGCAACGGAAAGGAUUCUGCAAAAAUGCAAAGACAUUGUUGAUAUUAAAACGGAAGAUGGUUUUACUGCAUUACAUUUUGCAGUUAUUCAUGGUCACCAAGAAGUUGCUAAUACACUACUAACUUUGGGAGAGGCUCAGGUGGAUAUUCGAAACCACUUUGAACUGACACCAUUUCUCCUGGCUACCAGCGGAGACCAUAUAGGUUUGAUUGAAUUACUCUUGACAAACGGGGCCGAUAUCAAUGCUGAAGACAAAGAUGGCAACACCUGCCUUCAUUUUGCCAUCUCAAAGCAGACUAUCUAUGCUAGUGAUGAAGAUUCAAAACUACUAGAAGACAUUAGCAUUCAUCUCGGUUUAGGUGGAGAUGAACUCCCUUGGGAGGUCAUAGCUGGUUAUUUAGUACAAAAAGGUGCAGACAUUUAUCACAGAAACCACCAAAAUGUUAUGCCAUUGGACAUCACAUGUGACCAAUCAUCAAUAGAGAAACUGGUGAAACUUGCCUCAAUGUUCACAACUGAACACUCUAAGGAGGAACAUACUGCAGAACCACAAAGUAAUACCAGAGAUUGUUUGCUGUGUUCUGAGGAACAGGCCAAUAUAUUAUUCCAGCCAUGCAGUCAUGUGUUGAUCUGCGACAACUGCAACAAAAUUAUUCCAAUCGAAAACUGCUUGCAGUGUAAUGAGCCUAUAGCUAACAAAAUUAAAAUUCAAGAUGAUCAGGAAGAGAGAGUUGUGAAUUUGAUAACAAAGUUUACAUGCAAAAUUUGUUUGAAUUGCUCUUGUAAUAUGGCAUUUGAUUGUGGUCACACAGCUUGUACAAAGUGCGGAGAGCGUUUGAAGGAGUGCCAUGUAUGCCGUAAACCAAUUCAGAAGAAAUUGAAUCUAUUCUAGAUAGAUACGAUUUGCUUUGCUAACCGUGAUAUUGUGAAAUUUAAAUUUAAAUCAUUUGUUCUCUUAAAAUGUUUCCUAUA